AUUUAUAUACAUAUGCGAGCAGGGUGGUGGGUGAGCGCGUGACAACGAGCAACCUAACAUUUUUCUCGCUCUCGUGUCUAAUCAUAGAAAAUAGAAGCACGUAUUUUUGGUUUUUUUUUUUUUUCUUUGUAUUUAAUUCAAGAUCGUAUAUUCUUUCGUAAUUAAUUUUUCGCGUUAGAUUUAGUAUCAUCGAUUGGCCCGUAUGCGUAUCAUAUCCAUUUUAGGUCUGAUGCAAUUAUUUUUGGCAAAUUUUUCUUUAUCUAGUUUCGAUCCAUUUAGUUAAAUUAUUCGGUAAUUAAAGUAAUUGGAUGAUUUUUAUCGAUCAUAUGUAACGUAUAUAAAUUGUCAUGUCGCGUGGGUGGUAGAAAUGAAAUUGUUCAGCACAAAAUUGAAACAAUUCUUUCAGCUGACAGACAAUUUAUCAAGCCUGUCUUUGAACGUUUCAAUUUUACGAACACAUACGUACAAAUACGCAUUGUUCUUUUGGCAUUAUUACAAGAUGCAUAGGAAAUACCUACAUAGUACGAGCUCGUUGAACGCGGCACAACAAACUCCAAAUCACAACACGAUCGAUAGAAUAGUAAUAUAACGAUGAAUGAGAUAGUAAUCGGAGAAUCUUUGCCCGAAAUUGAUUCCUUGAUGCCUGCGAAGGAACGGAAUAUUUCAAGCGCUUAAAAAAGAAGAAGAUAAACGCGUAAUAGAAAAAGAAAAAGAAAGAAAGGAUUCAAGCCAAUAAAUAGAGAUGAAUAUUCCGAAAAGCGACGGGCUCCUAUCGGUGGUUUUACCUUCCGAAAUUCCAUCUUCUGCAAGCUCGCAACAGCUCUUUAUAAAUCAGGACCAACAGGACGAGGAAGCUUCGGAUUGUCCACUUUUGACCCCGAGUCCACCACCUCCGGCCGUGCAGAUUAAUAAUUCCCUCGAAUCGGCGCCGAUAUACAGGCCUCUCGAAGGAGUACCUUUGGAGAUGAUAACAACGCCUACGCUCGAGAACAUAAACGAAGAGGAUGGACUUAAUGCUUUUAUGAAUCUCGUUAACAGUUCGUGCAAACCUCUUCACGAUGAGCCGAGUUCUCGCGAUCCGAUGGUGGAAUCGAGUACAAGCGGUAGCAGCAGCGAUACGAACGAGCCGGUUUGCGCUCAAUUACUCACGCAGCUGAAUACUGCUUAUCAACAUUUAGCACCAGACGCACAAGCUCUAUUUUACAAUCAGGAGAAUGGUGGGAAGCCACCGCUCGUUGGAAUACAGCUGGUCGUCCCAAAAUCUCCGAAAGAUUAUCGAUUUAUGAAAUGGAAUUGGCCUCUGAUAAGAAAAACAUGUUUUUGGUCGUUGAUGUCGGUUUUGGCUGGAUGCACCGCACUUGUUAUAGGUGUCCUCGCGACGAUGCCCAAAAGAUGCGAUCCUAAGGUAGAAUGGUGGCAAGGCAACGUCUUCUACGAGAUCUUUCCAGCUUCCUUUCAAGAUUCCUCGAAGGGCGGCGAUGGUAUCGGUGAUUUGCGCGGCAUUACGAUGAGACUGGAUUACCUCAAGAGACUCGGCGUUCGUGGAAUUCGUUUGAAUUCAAUUUUCCCAGCACCCCACUAUCCAGAAUAUUAUUCGGACGUUAGCAACAUGACAGACAUAAACGUGAAUCUCGGUACGUUGAAGGAUUUUGAAAAAUUGGUACACGAGAUACAUCGUAGAAACAUGAGCCUUAUCUUGGAUUUACUGCUUUAUCCGUACGUAAAGACCCUCGAAGGUGAGGAAAUGGCAACGAUGAUUAACCCGAAUAAAACGGACAAAGUGAUCCGCGAAAGAAGAGCUUUGACCAAGGAUUCGAUACUCGAGGAUGUAGUCUUGCAGUCAACGCAACCUGGCUCGAUUCAAAAAGUUCAAGAAACUUUGUCAAUGGUUAGCAGUACUUUAGAACCCUUCGAAGAACCAAGAGCUUUGCCAGUUUCGUCGGAUCUCAUAGGUAACGAUCAUCCGAUAAGUUUGGCUAUUAAAACGUGGCUCGGUAGAGGGGUCGAUGGAUUUUAUUUGAAGGGUCUCGAACGUUACGUUCACGAAAACAACUUUCCAAGUAUUCUAAGUCAUUGGAAAUCCCUGCUCGGACCUCGGAAGAUACUCAUUUGUCACCUGGAUGCACUAAAUGCUGCGAUGCAUUUUGACAGUUCGAGAAAUGCCAUUUUGACGAGGAUAGAUCUGAUCGACGUUGCUUUACGCGUAUCCAAUGGAACCGAGGAUAUAAAAGCGCAGGUGGAAAGUAUAACGAAAGGUAUACUUUUCGAAAAAGCAUCUUAUCCGUGGGUUCACUGGUCCAUCGGUGGCGUUGAUUUCAGAAGAAUCGCUUCCAGUAUCAACGUCAAGAACGCUUCGAUGGCUGUCUCUCUUUUGGCUCUGAUGCUUCCUGGAACACCCAGUAUAUUUUAUGGAGACGAGAAAGGUAUAUUGGAUUGCGAGUGCGAAGAUCAUCAGGAUUUGGCACAUUUGCAUAAUCUUGCACCGAUGUACUGGGAGAAGAAAGAUGGAUUGGAUGAUAAAUUUACAUCGGUUGGGGUCACUGCCUGGUUACCCGAAGCUUCGAAACCUUUGGAAACGAGUCUGAUCGACACGAUCGCCGAAAUGAUCAAAUUGAGGUCCGAUACUCCGCCGAUUUACGUUAAAGCUAUUGCCAAGGAUAACGGAAUCAUUGCUAACUGUGAUAUUAGGUACACGAAGGAUGAGAUUAUCGUGAUUGAACGGUGGUAUCCUCGUAGAAACUCGUACGUUUUCGUUGCUAAUCUCGGCAACGAGUCGAAAUCGAAAGAUUUGUCGUCUCUUUAUUACGGUGGUCACGUCGUCGUAGGACCAGCCAAUAGAUUGAAACAAGAUGUUUUCUUCAAGGAACUUAACGUUCCACCUGGCGAAGCUUUCAUCAUCAAAUUGGACAAGUGAGAAAAUUCUAGCAGAGUUCCUGAAAGCAACAAAAUAAAUUGUCGACUCAUAUAUUUUCGAUGACGCGUCGUCUAGUGCCAAGUGUUAUCCUAUACGGAAGAAACUUCCUAUCGUUGUAUUGCACGUCGACAAAUUCUUUCUUUAACGACUUGAUAAGAAGCAACAAAAAGAAAAAAAACAAACCACGACGACUAAAAUGUUCCGUAAGGUUCUACGAUACGAUCUACCGAUCGGAUUAAUCGUCACGUCUGUAGAAUCGUUAUUCACAUUCCGAAAGAACAAAGACAGUCCGAUUUUGUAGAUCAAGUUGAUUACUUUAUACGAAUCUCUAUGUGUUCACUUUGAUAGUCUGGCCUGUGGAACUUUCAAUCUAAAGACACAACGAAUUGUACAUUCUCUUGAGUCUCCACAUAAUCUUAUUUACUUGGAAUUGUUAAUUGAAAUGCGAUGAAUAUUUAUCGAAACAUUUUACCGUGGUACUUUUAAGUAAUACAAAUAUAUAGAAAUAUUUUCAUGAGAAUAUAUGUACCACGAUAGAAAAAAAAAAAAAAAACACAUUAAUCUUUUUUUAAUACGUACUCGUCGAGUCGACGGUAAUUUUAAUUACGUCAAAGAGUAAACUUUCAUUCGAUCAAAUAUUUGUUAACAAUUGAAAUAUAUUUUCGAUCGAUCGGAAUUCAAGCAAUUUGCAUUAGAAUUAUAUCUUUUCUAUAUUAUAUAUAUAUAUAUCUUUCAAUACGUCUGUGUAUGUUAUUUCGGAGAAACCUUAACAUUCCCGAAAACGUACUUAUAUAAAAAACAUAUUGUACAUAGUACAGAUAUUCUCUAUCCUAAUGUUUAUAAAUAAAUGAAUAAAUGAAUUGGUUUUGUUUUUAA